AUGUGGCUGAAGCCUGAGGAAGUGCUCCUGAAAAAUGCACUGAAGCUGUGGCUGAUGGAAAGGUCCAACGACUACUUCGUGCUUCAGCGGCGUCGGGGCUACGGCGAGGAAGGCGGAGGGGGUCUCACAGGGCUUUUGGUUGGGACUCUUGAUUCAGUCUUAGACUCUACUGCUAAAGUUGCUCCAUUUCGCAUCCUACACCAGACACCCGAUUCUCAAGUUUACCUGUCAAUUGCAUGUGGAGCCAACAGAGAAGAAAUAACCAAACACUGGGAUUGGUUGGAACAAAAUAUCAUGAAGACCUUAUCUGUGUUUGAUUCAAAUGAAGAUAUUACUAAUUUUGUACAAGGAAAGAUAAGAGGAUUAAUUGCUGAAGAGGGAAAACAUUCUUUUGCAAAAGAAGAUGAUCCUGAGAAAUUUCGAGAAGCCCUUUUGAAAUUUGAAAAAUGUUUUGGUUUACCAGAGCAGGAGAAGUUAGUGACCUAUUACUCAUGCAGUUACUGGAAAGGACGGGUCCCUUGUCAGGGUUGGCUCUAUCUUAGCACCAACUUUCUGAGCUUCUAUUCUUUUUUGUUGGGAUCAGAAAUAAAACUUGUUAUCUCCUGGGAUGCAGUCUCAAAACUUGAAAAGACUUCAAAUGUUAUACUAACAGAGAGUAUUCAUGUGUGUUCCCAAGGAGAGAAUCACUACUUUUCAAUGUUUUUGCAUAUUAAUGAAACAUACCUUCUUAUGGAACAGCUGGCAAACUAUGCUAUAAAGAGACUUUUUGAUAAGGAAACAUUUGCUAAUGACCCUAUCCUUGAUGAUCCUCUACAAAUCACCAAGAGAGGUCUGGAAAAUCGAGCCCACAGUGAGCAGUUCAGUGCUUUUUUUAGGCUCCCCAAAGAAGAGGCUUUGAAAGAAGUACAUGAAUGUUGCUUAUGGAUACCAUUCAGCCACUUUAACACUCAUGGAAAAAUGUGCAUCUCAGAAAACUAUAUCUGCUUUGCUAGCCAGGAUGGCAGUCUAUGUAGUAUAAUUAUUCCAUUACGAGAGGUUCCUAUUAGUUCUGAUUCUACAGACCCAUCCGAUAAUAUUGAGGUACAGUCUUUGACAUGUCAGAGAGAAUGCAGUAAAACUGUGAACACCGAAGCCUUAAUGACAGUAUUUCACCCUCAGAAUUUGGAGAAUCUUAAUUCCAAAAUGUUGAAAGAAAAAAUGAAGGAACAGUCAUGGAACAUCCUGUUUACAGAAUGUGGGCGUGGGGUUAGCAUGUUUCGGACCAAAAAGACUCGAGAUCUGGUUGUAAGAGGGAUUCCAGAGACCUUAAGAGGAGAGCUGUGGAUGCUUUUUUCAGGUGCUGUUAAUGAAAUGGCUGCUAAUCCUGGCUAUUAUGCUGAAGUGGUUGAGCAGUCCUUAGGGACCUGCAACUUGGCUACUGAAGAAAUUGAACGUGAUUUGCGUCGCUCCCUGCCUGAACACCCAGCCUUUCAGAGUGACACUGGCAUAUCUGCUCUGAGGCGGGUACUCACUGCUUAUGCAUACAGGAAUCCCAAAAUUGGAUACUGCCAGGCAAUGAACAUUUUAACUUCAGUGUUGCUUCUGUAUGCAAAAGAGGAAGAAGCUUUUUGGCUUCUGGUUGCUGUGUGUGAACGGAUGUUGCCUGAUUAUUUUAACCGUCGAAUCAUUGGUGCCUUGGUGGAUCAGGCAGUCUUUGAAGAACUUAUCAGGGAUCACUUUCCCCAACUUACAGAACGUCUGACCGAUAUGACAUUCUUUUCCUCAGUUUCUCUCUCAUGGUUCCUCACACUUUUUAUUAGUGUGCUGCCUAUUGAAAGUGCAGUGAAUGUGGUGGACUGUUUCUUCUAUGAUGGAAUAAAGGCCAUUUUACAACUGGGAUUGGCAAUACUUGACUAUAAUUUAGACAAACUGAUCACAUGUAAAGAUGAUGCUGAAGCUGUGACAACUUUAAACAGGUUCUUUGACAGUGUCACUAAUAAGGAUAGCCCAUUGCCUUCAAGUGUUCAGCAGGGUUCAAAUGUGAGUGAUGAGAAAAGCAGUCUUAUUAAAGUGGAUAUUACAGAUUUGAUUAGAGAGUCAAAUGAGAAAUAUGGUAAUAUUCGCUAUGAAGAUAUACACAGCUUGCGCUGUCGAAAUAGGUUGUAUGUCAUACAGACCCUAGAGGAAACAACAAAGCAGAAUGUGUUGCGUGUUGUAUCACAAGAUGUGAAAUUGAGCCUUCAUGAAUUGGAUGAACUUUAUGUCAUCUUUAAGAAAGAGCUGUUUUUUUCUUAUUAUUGGUGUUUGGGUUGUCCAGUAUUGAAGUACCAUGACCCCAGUCUGCCAUAUUUGGAACAGUAUCAGAUUGACUGCCAGCAGUUCAGAGUGUUAUAUCACUUGUUGAGUCCCUGGGCUCAUUCUGCAAACAAAGACUCACUAGCCUUAUGGACAUUCAGAUUGUUGGAUGAAAACUCUGACUGCCUUAUAAACUUCAAAGAAUUCUCCUCUGCAAUUGAUACAAUGUACAAUGGAAGUUUCACUGAUAAGCUUAAGCUGCUUUUUAAGCUGCAUAUUCCUCCAGCUUAUACUGAAGUGAAAUCUAAGGACCCUUCAAAAGGAGAUGAACUUUCAAAAGAAGACUUACUUUAUUUCAGUCAGCUUCAUGUUUCCCAGCCUAUAAAUGUGAAGGAAGCAGAAUCACUAAAAAAGAGCCCUGAAAAAGGCAAAGGAAAAGUUGAUAUUCAAGCAUACCUAAGUCAAUGGCAAGAUGAGCUUUCUAAAAAAGAAGAAAGCAUUAAGGAUUUACCAAGAAUGAAUCAGUCACAAUUCAUUCAGUUUUCAAAGACUCUGUAUAACUUAUUUCAUGGGGACCCUGAAGAAGAGUCGUUAUAUCAAGCCAUUGCUGUUGUAACUAGCCUUUUGCUCAGGAUGGAAGAAGUUGGAAGGAAACUACAUAGCCCUACAGCAUCAGCCAAAGAAUUCUCUGGUACAGUCUGUGCUUCUGGAGGACCCAGUGAGGGGAAAACAGAGAGCCACUUGAAGAAAGAUCCCUCCUCUCUGAGGGAAGAACCUCAGUGGUCAUUUGCAUUUGAACAGAUUCUUGCGUCUUUGUUGAAUGAACCAGCUUUGGUGAGGUUUUUUGAGAGACCCAUAGAUGUAAAAGUGAAACUCGAAAAUGCAAAAACCUCUCAGUUAAGUUUCAGAACCAAGAUGUAA